AUGGCCUACUCUUCCAAGCUUAUUCUCACAGGCGCAGCCUUGCUAGCAUGUUUCAUGGCUUCCGUGGCAAUGGCUCGACCAUUGGGCACUGAAUCAACCCUCCUGGCUCGGCUAAAAUUAGACGGUGAAGAGAGCUCCUCGAAUUGUUGGGAGUCUCUCUUUCAGCUCCAAUCCUGCACAGGUGAGGUCCUAUUGUUCUUCUUGAAUGGAGAAACCUAUCUAGGCACUGGCUGCUGUCAUGCCAUUCGAGUAAUCCAACACGACUGCUGGCCCACCAUGCUCGGUUCUGUUGGCUUCACCGCCGAGGAAGGCGACAUCCUCCGUGGCUACUGUGAUGCAGUCGACUCUGGCUCUGCCCCUACACCACCAACACCACCACAUGCAGUGCUGCCCAAUACCACUACCUUCCAUGCAGCGGUUCCAUCAAGUUAA